GAAUCGCAGUGCCUCCAGCUGAAAGGCUGGGCCCUUCACACAUUAUUAUUAUUAUUAUCUGUUUCUAGUAUAAUUUGACAUUUUAGAUUUUUAAAAAACAAUUCUGACUUAAUUUUCAGAUUUACGAGAUUUACUAAAUAAACUUGAACCAAAAUGGAUGAUGUCUUAUCGUGGGUCUUAAAAGCUGGUCUAAAAAUGAAUUCUAACCUCCUCGUCAUUGUUAUUUUUGGAAUUAUAAUAUGUCCAAAUAUUCAUCGCAGUCUUCAGAUCUUAUUGAUUAAGUGCAUUUGGAAUAUGCAUAAAAUUCAUUUAAAAUUAAUCAAUUAUCCUGAAAUAACAAUGUCAUUGCUUGAUCUCAGUCUUUUAAGGAAUGUAUUACACGAUGCUUCUCCUGAACUUGGAUUUACUGCAAUACCUUCUAGUGGUAUUUUGACAAUUUUAUGUUUAAAAUCAACAAUUGUUAAAGAAAUAUUAGAAUCGAUCAAAAGACUUAAUCUUCAUAAUAAUCUAAUAAUUGGCAUUGAACAUGAGAAAGUAAAAAUCAUGUACAGAACAAUAGUUUCAAAGGUUGUUACAAUUGAACAGUUUAUCACAAGAUUGCGAGGAUUAUCAUCCAAAUGGGUUGUAAAAAGUAUUAAGAACAACAGCUCAAGACAAUCUGUAAUAACUUUUCUAGUCAAUUCUGAAGGGCACAAUAUCAUUAGAGCAAAUAAUAAUAAACUUUGGUUCAAAGGAAGUGAAAUUUCUGUAGAACUCGUAAAAUCAGUAAGACUGUUGAUAAUGACGUAUGAUGGAAUUGAUUAUGAAGAGCCUGAGUAUCUUAAAUUAGUAUCUCGAUUUAUAACCUUCUUGACAUGUUUUUUCAUUUAUUUUAUGUUUUAAAGAAGCUUAGGAAUGGUUUGUUAAAGAUUUUAUUGUGUAGGAAUUCCAUCAACAGAACAUGCUUAAUUUUUAUAUCAACACAAUGUUCGACAAAGCC